AUGGGCUCCGUAGUCCUCCCCCACCUCCGCACAGGCUGGCACGUCGACCAAGCGAUCCUCAGCGAAGAAGACCGCCUAGUCCUCAUCCGCUUCGGGCGCGACUCAGACCCAGACUGCAUGCAACAAGACGAAGUCCUCUACAAGAUCGCCGACCGCGUUAAAAACUUCUGCGCCAUCUACCUCUGCGACCUCGACGAAGUCCCCGACUUCAAAGCCAUGUACGAGCUCUACGACCCAUGUACCGUCAUGUUCUUCUUCCGCAAUAAACACAUGAUGUGCGAUUUCGGGACAGGAAAUAAUAACAAGCUGAAUUGGGUGUUGGAGGAUAAGCAGGAGUUUAUUGAUAUUAUUGAGACGGUUUAUCGGGGCGCGAAGAAGGGGCGGGGUUUGGUGGUUAGUCCGAAGGAUUAUUCUACGAGCGUCUGCGCCGGCGGAGAGUUGAAGCGGUCAAUAAGCUUCAACAUCAUACUCGAAUUGAAGGAGGCAUCGCUAGACGGGAACAAGUACAGACGGCGGGAUGUGGGGGUGAAAGGAAGCCUCGCGGGACGGGAUGACGCGCUCCUUGCUAGCUUCCUUAUCGAUAAGCGCAAUGCCGAGCUCACGUUUUCGGCGAAGCUGCCUGACCUGCACUUGCUCUUCCCUCUCCACCAACACAACACACAUCCCAUACACAUAUCACCAGCGAUGGAGUCCUCAAAAACAGAGCGCUCCCGCUCUCGCUCCCCACGAAGAUCCCCCGGUCCGCGCAAGCCCAAAAACUUCAGCGGCCUAAGGUACAAAGGCGACCGCGACCGCCGCGACCCAGACAGACGACGCGACGAUCGCGACCGAGAGCGACGACCACGAGACUCAGACCGCGAUCGCGAUCGCCGACGCGAUGGCUCCAGAGAACGCGACCGCCGUCCUCGAGACAACUCCCGCGAGCGCAGACGAGACGGAAGCCGCGACCGGCGCCGCCGUUCCCGCUCUCGCGACCGCAAACCACGAGACAGCGACCGCGACGGCAAACCCAAAGAGAAGAAACCCGCAGCCGCUCCUGCAGCACCUUCUGAGCACAUGAUCCUCGUCACUAUCAAUGACCGUCUGGGAACGAAAACACAAGUCCCGUGUCUGCCCAGCGACCCUAUCAAGCUGCUGAAAGCCAUGGUGGCAGCGAAGAUCGGUAGACCGGUGCAUGAGAUUAUGCUCAAGAGACAGGGGGAGAGGCCGUUUCAUGACAAUUUGACCUGUGAGGAUUAUGCUAUUAGCAAUGGCGUGCAGAUCGAUUUGGAGUUGAAUACUGGGGAUUAG